GGCCAAUACUUCCGGUUAGAAGAUCAACAAAAUGUUCUUCAAAAUCACUCUGUUCGACCAAUAAAAUACAUCGAUGCGAGAUUAUAUUGACGUUAUUGUAAAUGAUAUAUCAGUCAUCCAAUUUUCAAUCCUGCCAAGUUUAAUCUGUGCAAGAUCAAUAUGUCGGCAGACAGGGAUACACAGUUUAUGGAUGCCAAGUCUUUGGCAACCAAAUAUGAAACCAUCAUGACGGAGAAAGGUGGGAGGGAUGCCAAACCAACCGAGGAGAGGAUGGCCUUGAUUUUCCACCUCCUGGACAAUAUGGUGCCACACAUGGGAAUAUUCAGGCAGACUGUGUCACUCAUGAUGAAAGAAAUAUAUGAGGCCGUCUACAGUGACCAACUGACGACAGAUAUCGGGAAGAAAGUGAAUAAGAAGGCUCCAGUUCAGAGGAUACCAUACUUAACACUGGUAAAGCAGGUCUAUGACAAGAGGGAUGAAAGAGCUGAGGAGAUGCAGGAACAGAUAGAAGUCCUCAAACAAAAGUUAUAUGACAAGCAUGUGCAGUUUGAAGACAGUGUAGAGACGAUCACGAACCUCAGGAAUGACAUUGAUCAACUGAAAAGUACAGUUGAAAGUCUCGAGGAUGAUAUACAGAAUCUUGAAAACACAGUGGAAUAUCAAGAGCGGACUAUGGACGAAGAGAGAGACCGAGCAGACACAAUACAGAACAACUUAGAGGCUGAUAUUGCGGAUCUAAAGGACGAUCUCAAUAAUGCCAAAAAUGAAAUAAAAUACCUCUACAAGUUCAAAGAUGGCUAUGAUGAACUGCAGGACGCAUUUACGGUCAAAGAAAUAGAUGCCAUUCCUACAAAGAAAAAGAAAAAGGAAAAACUUCCUGUCGUUGCCACGCGGCGUGCUCAUCUGUUCAGUAAUAUAGAAAGUGCUUGUAAACUAGAGGAGCAAUUACUAAUGGUACAAAACACAACCAUUGAAGAAUUUGAUGAUUACUUGGAGAAACACAAGGAAGAGUUGAUCAGUAAACACGUACCAGACGGUCAGUCUCAGGAGGACUUUGAAAAACAAGAAGAUGAGAUAGAAAAAGUAGACCAAGAGCUACAAGUGAAACAGACUCGUUUCAAGAAGUCCAUCGAUGAGCUGAACACUGAACUGGAGUUGAUUAAGCAGCACAAGACCAUGUUGGAGGAACAGUUACAGAUCUUAGAGGAGAACAAACCAGCAGUCGCUGCGAAAAAGAAGAAGGGCGGUAAAGGUGGCAAGUCAGGACCCACAGACCCAUCAAAAGAGUCUCUGUUGACUGAGGGUCUAGAUGUUGAUGAAGAAGAAGCACAGCCUGAUCCGUUCAUCCCGCAGGAGCGUGUCUUCAGCAAGUAUGCCGCCAUGAUGUACACGUCGACCAAUCAGGGAAAGACGUUCCAUGAAUUCAAAGAUGCCAAGUAUUGCCCGAGCUGUGGUGAAAAGACUCUGAUAUGUCCACACAGAGUCCGCGGAGCUGAGAUAGCAUUCCCCUUGCCACACAACUGCACACAUCUCAAGAUCACAAGGCCCAAAGUCAAGAUUAACCAACAGAUGAUGGAUACAUUCUUCAAGCCCUUCACUGCAACCACUCUCCAGACCCCCACAACAGCUGAUAGAAAGUCGACAGGGAAACAUCGCCAGUUUGAGGGUUUCGACGGUAUCCCGGACCGUGAACUGGAAGGUAUUGGUGAGGGGGAAUCGUUACCUGAUACACCGUCAUUCCUCAGGGAAAGCCCAAGCAUGGGCAUUGAGGCACACAUGAAAUAUCCCCUGAACAGAAUAUGGGAUGAUUACGCCACCAGAACACUGUUAAGAAGAGUCAUACCUCGGCCAUUGACUGUCCGGCGGACUUUAUCCAUCACCGAACAGUUCUAUGCCUAUAUGUUGUGGCAGGAUGAGUAUGGUCUUGAGGACGAUGGCUACCAAAGCAUCCUGGACAACAUGUACUCCUUCCUCCGUGAGCGUUAUCUCAAGGAGGACGUCGUCUUCUUGAGUGCUUAUGAUCUCAUUACAGCUCUUCUUGAAUAUGCACCAACGAAUAGGACCGUUCAGAUCCUGGCCAACAUCCUGACUGGUAACUUGGAUGCCUCGACUUUCCGUUACAUCCUCCUCCUCUCAGACUUCAUCACGCAAGUCCAGUGGAGAGAUGUGGAGGACUUCAGAAACUUUUCUUCAGUCGUCUACCCAUUCUGUACAGAAGAUGACCUGGAGACGUUACACAUGGGCUUCGUGUCCUUCUCAGAGAACAAGGUUUCAGCAGAGCUAGUCUAUGAGUACAUUCUCUAUAUCAUCCUCAAGUAUCGAGAGCCCAGAUUCUUGGAUUGUGAAGCCAAGUUGAUCACACAUCCUGCCAACGAACCUGGACAGAUGACCUACAAGGAAUUCUCCGACGCUCUUGACAACAUUCUCUCCGUCUCCAAUGACAAGCUCAGAAAGAGGCUCUACUACGAAACAGACUGUCUCGUCAUCCAGUUUGAUGAGACGGAGGAAGCCGUGCCAAUCCAGAAACUUUCUCAGAUGACAAGCUACCUGAGUCUGUUGCAGAUCUCACCAGUGGUGAAAGAAUCUGUUGCUGAGAAAGUGGCAUUCGCUCGUGACAUGAUGAUGAUGAAUGCACCUAUGACUAAUAUGAUUAGUAAGGCCAUGUCUGGCUACAGCCAGUCUCCAGCUGGGUCUGACAGACAUCCAAUCUUUACCAUGGAGAAUAUCAAGAAUCUGGCUGCUAACAUCGCGAGACUCCCCUCAUACUGGAAGGUGGGCUGUCAGAUGUUGUGCAGCUGUGGGCUUUGAAGUGAUUUGACCUAUUUUUCAACAAAAUCACAGUCAUAUUUUGCGUACAAUUUCAUGAAUGACUAUGGUGCCAUUUGCAGAGUUGUCCUGUUUUCAAGAACUACAGCAGAUUAUCUGACACAUGACUUAAAAGAGACCAGCCAUGAUUUUGUUGAAGAAAGGACAAAUCCCUUUUAUUGGUGGCUGAGCUACUUGAUGUAUUUGUGUUGUGUGUGAUAUUCGUUGUAUGCACAAUUUGGGGAAAGCCAAACACUUAUUAAUUUCAUAUUUUCUUUUCCCAGGUUUAAUUGUCCAUGAUUUAACUGUGAAAUCCCAAGUUUAUCCCCGCCCAUUUCACAAGAUGAAGAAAUCCCUGUUCUGUCAUCCAACUUCUUUGUCUUUUCAUUUCUUGCCUGCACAUAAUUGUUGCUUAUUCCCCCCCCCCCCCUCCCCCCAUCGAUUGUUGAGCAUUUGAAGUGGAAUAGUCCACCAGCUUACAUCCACCUAAGUUGGAAUAUCCUCCCCCUUCCUAGUCCCAAACAAUGGAGUACCUUAACAAGUUCCUCGUGUAAAUUGGUAAAGGUGCUCUAACAAAAGAGCUUCUUAUCACUCCUGCCUGCAUACACAUAGCUCCUCAACCAAAGUCAUUUCUAACACUCAGCGUCCAGUCUGGGCCCAGGUGAUCCCUUGAUAGUGUGAGGAAAUAGUUUGAAGGGAUCUUACUGUUUCAAAAAGUUAAUUCAUGAGUGCCAAUGUUCUGUUCUUAGUGAAAAAAGGGGCUGUUUUUAGUUAGCUGAAGUUUAUCAUAUUGUUAUCUUAUGGUGUUGGUUCACGGCGUGAAUUUUCUGUUGUUAUUUGCACCUCACAAGCCUUUGUUUUGUAUCUUUCAGCCACAGGCCUUUGCCUAUGCUUAAGGAAUAGAGCACACCCUCAGCUGGUCCCUGUAGUACUCCUCGGAUACACCUUACAUCCUGUAUGCUUCGUUGGCAGAAGGCGUAGCUGCCAUCCCUGCUGGUCCAUGACCCUUGUGGUAGACUUAACACCUUGGAGUACAUGCGGCAGUGACCUUAUAGGAAUAGAACCCAACCUCAGAUGAAAAGGAGAAAGGAGUCCUCGUAGAACCUGCCUCGCUGUAGUUAAGCUGUGCUUACCAGAGACUUUAGGGCGGCCUUCUUAUAAAUAUCUUCUCAGAAUGUUUGUAGACUUGCAUCAUGAUGACCUCCAUGUCAUUUGGUGAUUGAUAUCUUUUCAGCUAUAUGAGUCCAGAGCUCUCAGAACAUUUGCAACUAACUUCUGUUAUUCUUUCUCAUUCUCUUGUUUCUAUUGCACAUUUCAGCUCCGCAAGCAUGACACUGUCAUACUUUCCUUUUUCCAUGAUUUCUUGUUUCCAGAAAACCCUUCACUUUCUUUCUCUGGUGUCUUCCUUCUUAUAUCUCUUACAAGUUCUUUGUGUGCUCCUGUUCUUACUUUCUUGCUGAAUAUUGUGUUUCCCCACUUUCUGCAUGUUCUAUCAAAGCCUCUUCUCACUCUAACAUUGCGGUAAUUCCAGAGUGGUUGGCGCUCGUCUAAUACAGGCACUUGAGUUGAAGGCACAGCAUGAGGAGGAGCGUAAAAAGGAGCUUCUACGCCAGGAAGAGGAAAGAGAGAAGGCAGAGCUUGCAAAGUUCGAUCUGACAGAUGAGGAAAAAGAAGC